GGGUGCGGCUGUGGGCCGGUAGCAGGCUUGGUUGCUCCGAGCCACGUUGACCUGCCGAGUUAUUGGGGAGGAUCGCCGCAGCCUGUGGCUUGGGGGGCUUGAAGCGCACCGUUCAGCCGCUGUUCUGUUGCCACCGGGACUGGCCGAGUCCAUUCGAGGCAUUGCUCCUUGAGGAGGCUCCAGAGGAUGAGUGUUGGGUUCAUUGGAGCGGGCCAGCUGGCCUUCGCCCUGGCUCGUGGAUUCACGGCCGCAGGUGUCCUGGCUGCACACAAGAUUAUAGCAAGUUCACCGGAUCCUGAUUUACCCACUGUUGGAGGCCUGAGGAAACUGGGCGUCAAUUUUACCUCAAGCAACAAGGAAGCAGUUCAGAAGAGUGAUGUACUGUUUCUGGCUGUUAAGCCACCCAUUAUCCCUUUUGUGUUGGAUGAGAUUGCUCCUGACAUUGAAGAUCGCCACUUGGUUGUGUCGUGUGCUGCUGGGGUCACAAUUAGCUCCAUCGAGAAGAAACUGUCUGCUGUGAGCCAGUUUCCCAAAGUGAUUCGUCUAAUGACCAACACCCCGGUGAUAGUGCGAGAGGGCGCCACGGUGUACGCCACAGGAACGCACGCAGAGGUGGAGGAUGGGAACGUGCUGGAGCAGCUGAUGGCCAGUGUUGGUUUCUGUGUGGAGGUGGAAGAGGACCUGAUUGAUGCGGUCACUGGCCUCAGCGGCAGUGGCCCUGCCUAUGCUUUCACAGCUAUUGAUGCCUUGGCAGAUGGUGGUGUGAAGAUGGGUCUCACUCGUAGAUUAGCAGUUCGACUUGGUGCUCAAGCAUUGAUGGGAGCAGCCAAGAUGUUGCUGGAGUCUGAGCAGCAUCCUGGGCAGCUGAAAGAUAACGUGUGUUCGCCAGGCGGUGCGACCAUCCAUGCCCUUCACUUAAUGGAGAGCGGGGGAUUCCGCAGUCUCCUUAUCGAUGCUGUUGAAGCCUCCUGUAUAAGAACAAGGGAGCUCCAGUCUCUUGCAGACCAGGAAACUGUCCCCCCAGCAGCCAUUAAGAAGACCACGCUGAACAAGGUGAAACAGAAUGCCUCUAAAGCUGGCAUCAGCCUCUUCAACCACAAGUACCCUGGAAACAAGAGUCGUUAAAUGCAGGAACUAGCAUUUGCAAUUGGAUGGAAGAAAGAAGAAGAGAAUUGCCAAACUACAGAUCAAUUACAUAAAGGAAGGACGUUCCUUUAUCACUGUGCUGUAUUGCUUCUUAAUCUCCAGUACGUUGAAAUGGUAAUGUGGAGAUGAGAAUGCAUAUUUAAGAUGCCCUGUUGAAAAUGAGGGCUGAUUGUGAAGUAACACUGGCUAUAGUAGUACAUAUAGCUUGUUACAUCUUUCCUUCCUUGAGUAGAGAUGUCAUUACAUUGCAGAAGAGCAAGAGAAUAGUUGGCCAAUAUGAAGAUGUUUUAUAUGGGAGCUUGCUGAGCUCAAAUUGGCUCCAGCAUUUUCUCCAUUAGAGUAUAUAAGGUUUUGAAUUCUAUUACUGUAAAUUGUUUUGGCCUUGCAAAAGGCUAUUUGAUUCCUUUCUUGCUAAUAUUGCUCCCUUGUUUACACAAUGGUUGGCUCCUUUUGUGAAUCUUCCCACGCAGACCAGAGAAAAAUAACUUCUCUCGCUUUCGGUCCCUCAGUCGGUUUCAUCUGGAGACAUCUACAGCCCUUUAAUCCCAUGAUUUGAGCCAUAUAGACAUCAACCAGAGGCCGACAAAUGUUGACCUUGUUAACAAAUCCCAGGUUCAAAAUCAGGUUUAUUAUCACCUGAAAUGGGUUGUGAAAUUUGUCAUUUUGUGUCAGCAGUACAGUGCAACACACAUAAAAAAUUACUAUAGGUUACAAAAAGAAAUAUAGAACUAAAUAGUGCAAAAAGAGGGUCAUAUCAAGGAAUGAAUUUAAACAAGGUCUGCUAAACCUAUGUGGUACUUUAUUAAAUACAUUUCAACUCCUCAACCCUUUAUUUUCUUGAAGAACAGCUUUAUAUUUGCCAUUUGCAACUUGCCUUUUUCAAAUGUGUUGGCUGUUAGUGUUGUUAAUCCAUUUUUUUGUUCGAGUGAAAAAUACAUGUACUCCAGUUUCAUGUUUUAUUCUGGGAUCAUGCUUUGUAAAUGUAACCAUAGAAAUUCCUCCAUGGUAACUUUGAAUGGGAUGACGAGUGCUGGCUUCCCAUGUUGAUCUUUAUUUUGUCUAAUGAACAGGGCAUGUACAAUCUUCCAGGAAUUUAAUACCAUUCCAAUAGAUAGGUGGGCAAUUUCUUUGAAAAUAAAUUAGAUGUUUUUCUAAUCCAAUUAUUUACAGGAAUAAUUUGGCUGGGCUUCUUGAUGAAGGGCUGGGUUGAGGAACGAUGAAGGCAAUAUCUAGCCUGUUGGGAAAAGGACAUGUUCUUUGAUUCUUAACAAAGAGUCGUCUUGAAGGGGAUUUAAAACAAAAAGCGCGGUUAAUGUCUAUUAUUUGUAUAAAGUAGCGUGCACCUUCUUGAAAAUUAAUAUUCUGCUCAAUUUUAUCUCCCUGGGCUUGAAAUUUGUUCCAAAUUUCAUGUGUGAUAUCAAAGCAGAGGACAAUAUAGUACGCGUUUAUAGUUUCAGACUGAGGUGAAUUUUCUUCCCCAUUGACUUGUAAAUGUUUAUAGAAAUUUCCAUAACACGGCAUUACAGCGUGUUCUAUCAAGCUAUUACAUAACAUUGAAUAGAUUUGAGAACAUGUUUAAUGGGGGUAAGGUUCAAGAACCUUUUAUUUGAUAAAAGAACAAUUGAGACAAUCCAAUAUAUUAAUGGUAAUAUGACUGUUUGUACUUGAGCUGUAAACCAUUGCCUCAGUCAGCUACAAAUACUUUCAGGAUCAUUCAUGAAACUGUAAUGUUGAGGAUGUAUUUUUUCCACACUUUGGUCUUGCAGCCAGACCAAGAGAGAAUUUUAUGAACUACCAGAAGUGAUCAAUGAUUGUGUGUAUUAGAAGUUAGCCAAAGUGAUUAAAUUCUGUACAUUUACAUCUUGGUGAUCAGUUGGAAAAUGCUGCAGACUUCCCACAGAUACUCUAGAAAAAGUAGAAUAAAAUUUUAAACAUUUGCCAGGACUGUGCCUCCUGGUUUUGUUAUGACUAUUGGAUCAUCAUCUAAAAGCAUGGCCUCUUUUAAGUAUUAUAGAGUUAUGGGCCUAUCUGGCAAAAUAAAGCCAGCCUACCAAAUCACGUGAAGAGUUCCUGGUUAAGUUAUUGAACUGUUAAUCUGUGGAGUUCAUUGCCAUAUAUGGCUUUAGAGGCCAAGUGAUUAGGUAUAUUUAAAGCGGAGGAUUAUAGGUUCUUGAUAGUAAGAACGUCAAAGGUUGCGGGGAGAAGGCAAGAGAAUGGAGUUGAAAGGGAUAACAAAUUUCACCUUCUUACUUCAUUUCCUCCUGCACUCACUGGGCUUCACCUAUCAUCUUCCAGCUUGUACUCCUUCCCUUCCACCCACCACCUUAUUCUGGCUUCUUCCCCCUUCCUUUCCAGUCCUGAUGAGUUCUUGGCCCAAAAUGUCGACAGCUUAUUCCCCUCUAUGGAUGUUGCCUGACCUGCUGAAUUUCUCCAGCAUUUUUUGUGUAUUGCUCUCGAUUUCCAUCAUCUGCAGAAUGUCUUGUGUUGAUAACUCUGCCAUGAUGGAAUGGCAGAGCACAAAUGAUGGGCCCAAUAGGCUAAUUCUGCUCCUGUGUCAUAUGGUCUUAUACAAAUAUUUGUAAUAUAAGUAGUUCUGGUUGAUAUUUUUUAAUUAUCUGAAUUUAUCUGACAGUUUGGAGAAUUGUUUACAAUUUUCCAACAGAUAAAUAAUCUUGUGAGGGUGAACUUCCUUUGAGUCAACAUCAAGGAAUUCACUACUUCAUGAAAUUUUACCAUUUAAAUACCAACAUAUUUAUUCAUAGUACUGUAUCUGUUACAUCAGGGUAGGCCUUGUACAUUGAAUGGUAGCACCCUGGGGUGUGUAGUGGAACAGGAGGACCUAAGGGUACAGUGAAAGUGGCUUCACAGGUAGACAGUUGGCACACUGGCCUUCAUUUAUCAAGGCAUUGAGCGCAAGUCUGUAAUUGAGCAACUCUUAGAGUCACAUCCGAACUUUUUAAUCAAUAAAUAACUACCUUUUAAUUUUUAUUUACUUCUAUCUCUACUAUUUUUCCAAUUUCAUGUCCAUUUUUAAGACUGCUACCAAGUACAUCUGCUCCAGAGAUUGGAGCAACUGAAUCGGAAUUGGACUUAUCACUGGUCCUGGACCUUUUGUACUUUGUAUUGUCCUUGGGCAAUAGGCAAGCAACAAACAUGUUGGGAAUUACACGUGCAAGAUGCAUUACGAGAAUGGGAAUAAAUGAUCUCGAUAGACUGGAUGUGGAGAGGAUGUUUCCUAUAGUGGAGGAGUCUAGGACCAGAUCGCAAAGCCUAGAAGGACAUUCCUUUAGAACAAAGCUGAGGAGGAAUUUCUUUAGCCAGAGGGUGAUGAAUCUGUGGAUUCAUUGCCACAGAUGGCUGUGGAGUCACUGAGUAUAUUGAAAGCAGAGACUGAUAUGUUCUUGAUUAGGAAGGGUGCUAAACGAUACAGGGAGAAGGCAGGAGAAUGGGGUUGGGAGGGGUAAUAAAUUAGCCAUGAUAGAAUGACAGAGCGGCCUCGAUAGGCUGAAAAGCCUAUUUCUGCUCCUAAGCCUUCUGGUAAACCUGUUUACAAUGCAGCAUGUCGUACACACUAUAUUGUUACUAUGAUACAGUGAAAGGAAAGCCAGCAUCAAAGCAGUAAAUU